AUGUAAUAAUAGAAAUAGUUUACGUGUUAAGAUAUUGAACACGAAGGAGAAGAUAUUUAAGGAUUUUGCUUAAAUUUGGGAUGCUAAGAUUCAAAACCUUAGUUCUGUCUCUAAUGUGGUGUUGAUCCUAUAAAACAUUCUAAUUGCAAGAAGGACUUAAAAGGAUUUGGUUAAAUUUCUAGUUUUAUUACGAAAUUCAAUUAGAAUAUACUUGAUUUAACAACCUAAUUGGAUAAAUCAUUUACAUAAGUCAAACAGAAAUAUGAAGAAUUUUCAAAAUAAUUAGAGAAAAUGAAACUAUAAUUACUUAAGAUAUCUCAAUAUUUAAAUUAAUAAGAUUAUAAUUAAUUGAAAGAAAAUUUAUAAUUAAUUAAGGAGGCCUACCAAUAUUUAAAUAAUUAAGAGGAGAUUAAGAAGUAGAAUUAAAUUGGUAUUUUUAUAAUUGUAAUAUUUUUAGGAACACAAUUAAUUAAUAUUAAACAAAUGAUUGAAGCUUGGGAUUUAAAUAAAAUAUAAUAAUAAACUCAAUAUAUAGAUCAUUAAAACAUACUCUAGUAAGGUAUUUAUUUUUUUUAUUAAAUUAGGAUUAUAAUUACUUAAUUAAUAAAAAUGGUAAUAAGCUAAUGAAUUUUUAAUAAACAAUAUAAAAGAUUUGGAGAAACAAUUAUCAUUUGCAAAAUUCUUUUAAAGUACUUUUCAAAUUCAUCAAAUAAUUUAGGUAUUUCUUUAAUAGAAAUGA